AUGGGGACAUUUGUAAAAGGUUUUUGGGUUGUCCUUUUUGUAGCAGUGGCAGUUGAUAGUGUGAGAGGUGAUGAGUUGGUAAAUGCCAGUGCUGCUCAACCUCAAGCCAAUACCAACUCUUCCUCUCGCUCGGUUCAUCUCAAGCUUCCCCCAGGAAAAAACAAUGUCGAAGUAAGCAAUAGAAGUUCCACUGAAGUUGUGCUCAACAACAAGAAUAGAGGAGGUGGAGGGGGAGGGGGAGGGGGAGUUGGUGGCAGUUUUGGUUGGGGAUGGGGUGGUGGUGGAGGUGGAGGAGGUGGAGGUGGUGGAUGGGGAUGGGGAGGAGGAGGAGGUGGUUGGUAUAAAUGGGGAUGUGGAGGGAAAGGAAGAGGAAGAGAUGAAGGCAUGAUUGGGAGAAAUGAAGCGCAUACGAAGAGAGUUUUCAACAAGGAGGAUUAUAGGGUAGGAGAGUAUGCCGAGUGCAUAGUUAGGACAAGGUGCAGAGGCCUGAGGUUGGAAUGUCCCCUUCAUUGUGGUGGACCUUGCGUCUAUGAUUGCCGUCAUAUGUGCAAAGCUCACUGUACACGUCCUUGAAUCAUCAUCACCAUUAACCUUCCUCCAUUUAUAUAUGUUUUUU